CGCCUCGCGCGGCUGGUUUGAUCGCUCUGUGUGUGUGUGUUGGGAUGAGGUAAGAUGGCGGAGUAGCUAUCCCCGGAGCAGAGCGGACCGCCAUCACUCCCGGUUGCCAUGGCUCCCUCCCAUAACGUGGUGCUGUUGGUGGACACCGCGGAUCCGGCAGCCAAGCACCGAGUCCGGCUCCUGUCCCUCCGGCUGCUCAAUUUCCUGACGUGCCGCGCCGGCCUCGGCCGGGUCCGCUGGAGCUACCGCUUCCUGAACUCGCUGGGCGGCCGCUGCAGGCCCCCGCGCCGCUCCGACCUGCGGGAAGUGGGCCCCCGGAGCUGGGGGGAGUUCGAGGAGGAGCUGGAGGCCUGCUGGGAGCGGGCUGGGCAGAGCCGGGCCUGUCACACCCCCAGCUCCCGGGCCGGGCUCACCCACACCGCCCUCAUGGACACCCUGUCCGACUUCCAAUGGGACCGGCCGGACAUCAGCUCCCCCACCAAACCCCUGCGGGCCCGGAGAGCCAGGAGAGGGCCGGCCGGGGGGGAGGCGGCCGACAAGGCCCAGUGUGGGAGCCGCGAUGGCGGUGGCAAUGCCGUGUUCCUGCUCUCCCCCUGCCCCCACACCGCCAGCCAGCUCGGACACUUCACCACCGGCGGGGACAGCGCGGGGGACACCGGCCUGCAGCAAGUCAUGGACAGACUCCUACCAAGGGGCCUGCAGAGCAUCAUCACCAGCAGGAGGGUCACCCUGCACUGGCUGGACACCAUGGACUGGGCACAGGUGAUGGGCUCCCUCAUUAAUAUGCAAAUCUAUUACAAAUAAUCACUAAUCCAUUAACCUUCCUAUUCCCCGCGAGUAGGACAUGGAUAACCCAAUAACCCAUUGUAGGAGCGGUGACAGCAGUGUCCUCCACUGUGUGGUGAAGUUUUAGGGUUACACUGUGUCCAUGUGAUGUUACUUAUUUCGGUAAUUGUCGGUAAAUCUGUAGUGGGAAGUUGUCAUUCCCUGGCUCUGCAGUGCUGUGUUUACAUAUAGUGGGGUGUUUUUCAUUUUGGUUGUAAAAAAAAAAAAAAAAAGAAAACACCACUUGUAACUUUAUACUCAUUUCGUGUAACAAAAAUUGUAACAAAGAGGGAUAUUCUAGGCUACAAACAAAACUUUAAUGUAUUUGGAAUGUUUUGGCCACAUCAAUGUCCUGUAGUUAUAUUGUAAAAAAAGAAAUGCACAACAAAGCCCCAUGUUCCUACUGGUAUAUCCACACAACCUUCUUUUAAAAAAUGUGUUCCUAACUGGGUUUCUACUUGGUGUACCACGCUGCUACAUGUCUGUGUUUGUCAUUCCCUCUUCUCCCCACCAUUAUGUUAUCUGUCUUUUUUUGGCACAUCGUAGUAAUUCACUGUCUAUAAUCAUCACCUGGCAUAGUGCAUUCGACUGCUGUGCAUGCUUUCAUUUACUUGCCAGCACACCUCUUAUGCACUUCUAAACUGCAUUUCCAUAGUCCAAUAAAGUAUGUACUUCGAGAACGCAAGAAUAUGGCAUUCCUGCACCUUCUGUGAAUACACACUGCACUGGUCUAUGGAAAUGUCAUCUAGGAGUGUGAGUUGUGCUGGCAGGUAAAUGACAAUAUCAGUCAAAUUAGUGAAUGUUAUGGAAAAUGUUAGGCACUGGAUUGCUCCAGAUUAGAGGGCAAAGAGCCAUCUUGUACAGAGAAGGCUAUCCCCCCCACCCAAAAAAUAAAUAAAUCCUAUAGUGUGUUUUAUAGACAAUAACUUGAGGUUUAAAUGUAUAGCAAAAAAAAUAAAAAUCAAGAUUUGUAGUAGUAGGUCAAAUGAGUGAAGUGCACCUGUUUCAACUAUUCUUGGUGCUAUCCAAAUUCAUGGCAAAAUGUAUAUAUUACAAACCACGCAAUAAAAUAAUUUACAUACCUGUAUGCUGAGAAAUUUUAGGCAAGAGAACCUUCCUCCAACUCUUGCAAUACACAAUAAAAGGGUAUACCAACACCAAACCAUAUGCUAAAAAUGAAUGCAAGGGUACUUUUACUUACUCAGUACUCCCUCAAUUACUAACUAUACAAACAUCAAAAAAGAUAAGAAUGCACACCAGUAAUAUGUGUAAUAAAAACACACUUUGUUCUACAAUAUUUAAAACCUCAUAUAUGCAUACUAAGCAGUAACAAAACAUCUACAAUUUCUCAGCGACAUUUUUGAAGUUUUGUACAUCUAGUGCAACACGUAUGAACCUGACAUGUCAACUAUUGGUACACUGGAGAGGGGAUAAGUAUCAGAGCAGGAUUAACCACAAGAGAACCCUGAGGGUAGAUAUGGGCUCCAGAUCUAUGAAUUUGCUUGGCCCAAGUAUAAUCGCUAUGUAAAGAAUGAAAGAGGUGAAAACAAACCAGUACGCUACCUAGGACCCUUAAGCAAUGCAUUCUAUUAGUGGUUUCCAAACCAGUCCCGGAUUUAUACAUUUCGUUAUUUUAUUCCAAUGGAGAAACUGACAAAGCCGGAACUGUUGGUCGUUCUUGGGGACUGGUUUAGGAAACACUGCAUUAUAUCAUAGCAUUAAGAAAACUGCAUGAGGCAAACCCGUGCCUCAAAACUAGGUUACAAAAUUUAUUAAACUGGUCGUGCUAUGAGGUCUGGUGGAGAUUGUCACCAGAGGAAUACGGAUGUCAUUUAUCAAAUAACAUGUUAGUAUACUCACAUGUUGUAUUGAAAUUUGAUAUCUUUAUCAUUUGAUUGUUACCCAUUGAGUUGCAGAAGCCAAGAUAACUUCUUAAGAUCUGUUUCACUGUUGUAAUAUUUAGUUUUUUAAAUAAACUUUCAUUUCUCCUGUAGGUUUGGAAUUUGUCAGAGCAUUCUGGUUACUUGACAAUGGUGGAAUUAAUGCAGCUUAUUGGAGGAAGAGUUCUGCCAUCAGCAUCAUUACUACUUUCUUCAAGCCACCAACUAUCCUUUAGUCAUUUCAAUCCAACUACAAGUCUCAAUAUCCCCUGUGAUUCUGUUCUGAAUUAUGUAAUAUGCAGUGAGGCUGACCAUCGGCUGCUUUUUCCACAGCAAAAUGGUGUUGUUUUCUUCAUACCACCUGGUAAUUGAUUUUGCUGUUUUGCAAGCGCAUUUUCAGAAUUUGGGUGAUCCAUAGUUCCGAUUUCUAAACAGUGUUUACAUUUCAGGUGUAGCUGCUGAUCGCUGGGAAUGCCCUGUCACUUUAGAACCUCUUUCCAUAAGCCAAAGACAUUCUAAGAGUUUAACUAUUCGGCUCAAAGGAAUUGUACAGCACUGGAGCCAAAAUCAGAAUAGUUCUCUUACUACAGAGACCUGGAUACUUCAAAAUUCUGCUGAAGAUAUGUCAUGCUGUCACUUACCAGAGCUGCUGCGUACUCUUUUGUCUGGAAGACUACACAUGGUAAUUUAA